GUGAAACUUAGUGAUGCUGAUUCCCAAAGAAGAAGCAGCUGAAGCGGAACAUGGCUUCCGGGCAGCAAUGGGUGUUGGUGGAAAUGGUACAAGCAUUUUAUGAGGCUCCUGCAUAUCACCUGAUUCUUGAAGGUAUCUUGAUAUUGUGGAUCAUCAGACUUUUAUUCUCCAAGACCUACAAAGUUCAUGAGACUUACAAGCUUACAGAAAGGGAAAAAGAAGACCUGAUUGAGGAAUGGCAGCCAGAUCUUCUUGUCCCUCCGGUUUCAAAAGACCAUCCUUCCCUUAAAUAUGAUGUUGUUUCAGGACCACCCAGCCAUAAAAUCAUAGUCAAUGGAAAAGAGUGCAUUAAUUUUGCCUCUUUUAACUUCUUGGGUCUCCUUGACAAUGAGCGUGUGAAAGAAAAGGCUUUGAUGUCACUAAAAAAAUAUGGCGUUGGCACAUGUGGUCCAAGAGGCUUUUAUGGGACAUUUGAUGUCCAUCUAGAACUGGAGAAUCGUCUUGCCAAAUUCAUGAAAACAGAGGAGGCCAUUAUCUAUUCCUAUGGGUUUGCAACUAUUGCUAGUGCAAUUCCUGCCUACUCAAAAAGAGGGGACAUAAUCUUUGUAGAUGAAGCUGCCUGUUUCUCCAUUCAGAAAGGUCUUCAGGCAUCCCGCAGCUUCAUCAAAUACUUCAAACACAAUGACAUGGAGGAUUUGGAGAGGCUGCUAAAGGAACAAGAGCUGGAAGACCAGAAGAAUCCUCGUAAAGCUCGAGUGACACGGAAGUUCAUUGUGGUUGAGGGAAUGUACAUCAACACAGCAGACAUUUGUCCUCUUCCUGAGCUGGUGAAGCUCAAGUAUAGGUAUAAGGUACGGAUCUUUCUGGAGGAGAGCAUGUCUUUUGGUGUGUUGGGUGAACAUGGCAAAGGUGUCACAGAGCACUUUGGGGUCAAUAUUGAUGAUAUUGACCUGAUCAGUGCUAACAUGGAGAAUGCUGUGGCCUCCAUUGGAGGCUUCUGCUGUGGGCGUUCCUUUGUCAUAGAUCAUCAGCGUCUGUCGGGCCAGGGCUACUGUUUUUCUGCCUCCCUGCCUCCAAUGUUGGCUGCUGCUGCCAUUGAGGCUCUGAACAUCAUGGAGGAGGAUCCAGGUAUUUUCACUGUUUUGAGGGAAAAGUGCAAAUGUGUUUAUAAAGCUUUACAAGGAAUUCCAGGUUUGAAGUUAGUAGGGGAACCGUUCGUCCCAGCUCUUCAUCUACAACUGGAAAAAAGUUCAGGCUUCAGAGUCUCUGACAUGCAGCUGCUCCGCUCCAUUGUAGAUUAUUGUUUGGAAAGAAAGGUUGCUUUGACUCUUGCUCGUUAUCUGGAAAAAGAAGAACGUUUCCUCACCCCUCCAAGCAUUUUAGAUCAGCUGAAGGCUUUUAACUGCAUUUUGUGGACAUCCUGAGGGUAAAGAAUUAAAAUAGUCCAGCCCUGAAGUAACAAAUGCAUGGACCAGAGCAGGACUGAGCUAAGCUGGAAGCCUUGACACUUGCAGGUGAAUAAGGCUUCUGCUUUGAAGAAUCCUUGGAUCCAAACGUGACUACAAUCACGCCAAUCGUAUGCAACAAAGUUAAGUAAUGAUAUGCUGUUCGAGUAUCUGGCAUUCAGUUAAAGGAUGUAAUAAGACAAACGUGGCUUGACUUUUCUUUUGUGACCUCCAGAAGCAGCCCUAAUUGAAGCAGAUUUCCCCAUGGCCUGGAAAUGAAGGCGCCAGACUGCAUCAUCGCAUGCUUUAUGCGUGCAGGUCCGGAUACCCCACUGAAGAAGCUGAACGUGCCUUUGUCGUACAGUUCGGCCGGGCCAGCUAAACAGCUGACCCACUUACAGCUACUGAGAAUAUCUGCAAUGCUAGUCCCUUUAAUGCCCACACAUAGAUGAUUGGAUAGCUUUGCCUCCCUCAACUCAUCUGGAAAUCUUUUCCUCAGCACGGUUUAUGUAAUAGGUAGUGUUUGCACAGAGAAGAUUAGAAUGAAAUAAUCUAAAUAAUGUUUAAUGACAUUUGGUUUUUAAACACAGAUCAGGCAUAACAGGCCUCUCACUGUUUAUGCAUUUUGAUCCUUUUAUUGAUGGUAUUUUAAAUGGUAUUAAAUGGUAUUUUAUAUUGGUUUUUAAAGGGAUGAUAAGUUAUGAGUUUCUUUUCUUCAACAGCUAAGGUAACACGUGACCUAUGACGUCAUCUUAUGAGCCCGCAGGCUUUGUAAACAGCAAGUUUAAGACUCAUUUAUCCAGAAAGGUUUGGUUCUUAUUCAAAAUAUUCUUAAAUAAUAUUUUUGUAUUUCCUUGAUAAUAUUUCCCUAAAUAUAAUACUACUAAAUAAAGGCAGCUAAACACUGUUGAUAA